UUUACUUCCUUGACAACUUUUUAUAUAUGUCACUAUGUUAUCACAAAAUAUAAAAGUAUCCGCAAACGAUCCGUCUAAUGAUGAUCUUCAAAAUAUUAUGCCUCAAUUUGUACUUUGUGUCCGAGAUUUCAAUCUUGACCUAGAACAGAAUGGAGACGAAAUAACGGCAGAUGAAUAUCUAGAAAUGUGUCUCCAAACAAAAACCGGUGAGACCCCAGAAGAUGACAAAUAUAACAGACCACGAGAAUGUAUUAAGAAAUACUUCACACGAAGGAAAGUGUUUACAUUUGACAGACCAGCCAGCCGAAAAGUAAUGAGAACUUUAGAUUUGGCCAGAGAAGAAGACCUUAACGAAGAUUUUGUGCAUGAAACAGAGAAAUUCUUGGCAUAUAUCUAUACUUGCCCAGGGAAAUAUCUUCUUAAUAAAUCACCCGUAACAGGAAGCAUGCUAGCUAAACUUCUAAGAGAAUAUGUAACUACAAUAAGUGAUGGCAAUGUACCAUGUGUCGAAGAUGCUAUGCUGAUCAUGACAAGACAAGAAAACAAAAAACACGCAAAGGUAGCUGCCGAAGAGUACAAAGUAUUUCUGAAACAAAUACAGCUUCCGGUAUAUGACAAAAACAAAUUGUGUGAUUCAAACUUAAAGUUCAAAAAAGAGAAUUUAUCAAGUCUGCAGUCCAAACUGAUGUUCGAUACAGACAGCAAAUUCCAAAAGUCAACAGAGGUAAAAAGAAGCUGA